AAGGGUUAAUGAGUCGGAUAAUAUGAACAGCCUGUGUCUGUUAAGGGAUCAGCUGUGUCAGCACACUGGAGAUUAGGCCAAGGACACGCGUCUUACCCAGUCUGCUCUGGAUGUGUGAGUGAGCCCUCGGUCUGUGGAGAAGGCACUAAAGGACCCAUAAUGUUCAGUUGGAUUGAUAAGGUGAUCCCCCAGCCCCCCGGAACGCCAAGGAGGGCACCCUCCGAUGCCCAGCAAGGGGACCCUGAGAAAUGUGAUGAGAAGGUGACAUGCAUGAAGAAGGCCAGUGCCCAACCAGCUGAAGUAAAGCCCCAGGAAGCCUUACAGGAGUCUGAAAGAAGUUCUGGGGGAGUCUUCAGCUGGUUGGCUCAAGGUCUGGGAAAGGUUGUCCCUCAGCCGGUUGAGAGUCCGGUACUGACUCAUUCCAGCAAGGUUUGUGCUGAGCAGAAAGUGAGCGCAGUGAAUGAAACAGCAGAAGAGCUGACAGAGAAUGGACCGACUGACCAAACAGAGAGCUCUUCCAUUGGGGUUCUUUCUUGGUUGUCCCAAGGGUUGGAGAAAGUGGUUCCUCAGCCAGCAUGGACUCACCGGACAAGCACUAGUGAGCACAUGGAAGCGGAGAGCGAGCAGAAAGGGCAAGCCGAGGUGAAAGUUGAAGAAACCUGUGUUCCAGCCUCGCCACCACCAAGUCCUCUCCCAGUGGAUACGGUGGUUGUGGCUGCUCCAGAACCCGUCCAAGUGCAGCCAGCACCAAGCUCAACAACAGAAACUGCAUCAUCAGACAAAGGGUCGGGUGUCGGAGUCCUGAGCUGGCUCAUGCAGGGUCUGGGAAAAGUUGUGCCUAUUCCUGAAUCUUCUGUCCCACUGACUAACCCCAUCGAGGAGGUGAAAGCCACAGUGGUGGAGGAGCACCCUGUAACCGUAACACGUAAAGACUCGAAAGGCAGUGCUGAAACCGGGGUUCUCGGCUGGAUCUCUCAUGGCCUAGAAAAGGUCAUUCCGCAACCUGUAACAAAGGACUCCCAGACCAUCGCACUCUGCCAAGUGGAGCAAAUCUGCCUCCAGCCUCCCAGCCCUGAGGGUGAUCUCUUGGUGGAGGAUUUGGAAGUUGUGGAUAGUGCUGUGAAGCCUGAAGAGGUGACCGCAGAGACCACCACAGACCUGGACACAAGGAACACGCAUGAAGUCUGCCUCCAGCCUCCCAGCCCUGAGGGUGAUCUCUUGAAGGAUUUGGAAGUUGUGGGUAGUGCUGUGAAGCCUGAAGAGGUGACCGCAGAGUCUACCAUAGACCUGGACAUGAGGAACACGCAUGAAGAACUCCAUGAUGAAGACGACGAGAGCCUGGUUACUGAGGAGCUGGAGUCUCACCUGGGGAUGCAGGUCACACAGGAAGUAACAUUAUUUGCGGGUGAAAUUUGUGGCUUGCUAAAUGACCCCCCAAAGUCAGACGAGCCUGAUGACAGGAGAGGCUUGGAGAGAGAUCAUUUGGAAUCGGAGAAUGAACAUCUCUCCUGGAUCAUGGAAGAAGAUGAAGACGAAUCUGAGCUGCAGAUGUCCUGUUAUCACAGUGAAAGUGAGGAGGAGACCAAAGUAUCGCACCAGGUGAUUUUGGAAGGUCCUUGUGAAUACCUGGACACAUCCGUUCAACCCCCAGAGCAGGUCCGAAUAGAGGAAAACAAUUGCUAUAUGCAGGCCCUGAAAAACGCUGUUGACAUAUUAUCAGCGGAAGAAGGAGACAUGGUGUCCUUUAGACACCCGGCAGUCAGUAUUGAAGAUGUAGAUUCUGGAAGCGUUACCACUGCACUGGGCCACGAGACCCCAAUAAAGCCACCAGGGUCUCCCUAUAGACACGGGACUCUUGCUGUACCCGGAACAUCCAUAGCAGCAAAGAGCAGGAAGAGGACAACAUCUCAAGGUGACAUGGACGAGAUGUUGGAUGCUGGGCCUGAGGAUGAAGAGGUGGUAGAGCGUUCAGCAUCGGCAAUCAGUCAUAGCAGUGCCAUAAUCACAGAGCGCCUACAGGAGCUGGUCCGGCUCUUUAAGGAUCGUACAGAACGUGUGAAGGAGCGACUCCUAGACCCAGAGUUGUCUUCAGAGGAGGAGAGUCCCACUGUGUCACCCUCUAAAAAGGCUGCUGCACCACCUCCUCCACCUCCCCCUCCUGAGGAGAAAAAGCCUCCUGAAAAUGUCCCAGUGGAAGAAGAACACUACUGUGAGAUGCUCUGCUGCAAGUUCAAAACUCUGCCUUGGCGCAAACAGCUACAAAAAUACAAGUUCCCAUCCAGCAUUGACCCUCUGACCAAUCUUAUGUACGUGUUGUGGCUGUUUUUCGUGGUUAUGGCAUGGAAUUGGAACUGCUGGCUGAUACCUGUACGCUGGGCAUUCCCGUAUCAGACUCCCAGCAACAUCCACUAUUGGCUACUUGUAGACUACUUGUGCGACCUCAUCUACCUGCUCGAUAUUGUUGUCUUCCAAGUCCGUCUGCAGUUUGUGCGAGGAGGUGACAUCAUUACAAUUAAAAAAGAUAUGCGAGAAAACUACAUCAAGUCUGAUCGCUUUAAGAUGGAUGUGAUCUCUCUCCUCCCGCUUGACCUCUUGUACUUUAAGUUUGGUGUGAGAUCUAUUCUGCGGCUUCCGCGCUUAUUAAAGUAUAUGGCAUUCUUUGAAUUUAAUAACCGUCUGGAGGCUAUCCUGAGCAAAGCCUAUAUCUACAGAGUGAUCCGUACAACACUGUAUCUCCUAUACUGUCUGCACAUGAAUGCCUGUAUGUAUUACUGGGCGUCCGACUUUCAAGGCUUGAGAUCCACCAAAUGGGUUUAUGAUGGAGAGGGGAACAGUUAUAUUCGCUGCUAUUAUUGGGCUGUGAAGACGUUGAUCACCAUUGGGGGCCUUCCUGACCCACAAACCCUUUUUGAGCUUUGGUUUCAGCUAUUGAAUUACUUCAUGGGUGUCUUUGCCUUCUCCGUCAUGAUUGGACAGAUGAGAGAUGUGGUGGGUGCUGCCACAGCUGGUCAGACAUACUAUCGUAGCUGUAUGGACAGCACCAUCAAAUAUAUGAACUGCUACAGGAUCCCCAGCCAUGUGCAAAACCGUGUGAAGAUGUGGUAUGAGUACACGUGGCAGUCCCAAGGAAUGCUGGAUGAAUCCGAGCUGAUGGUUCAGCUCCCGGAUAAGAUGAGACUGGAUCUCGCCAUUGAUGUGAAUUAUAACAUUGUCAGCAGAGUCAUUCUUUUCCAGGGCUGUGACCGGCAGAUGAUUUACGAUAUGCUGAAGAGACUGCGUUCUGUGGUGUAUCUACCAGGUGACUACGUGUGUAAGAAGGGGGAGAUUGGCCGUGAAAUGUACAUCAUUAAGGCUGGUGAAGUACACGUACUUGGAGGACCAGAAGGGCAGACUGUCCUCGUCAGCCUGAAAGCUGGCUCUGUGUUUGGGGAAAUCAGCCUGCUCGCCUUGGGUGGAGGAAACAGGCGUACAGCAAACGUGGUAGCUCAUGGAUUCACCAACCUUUUCAUCCUGGACAAGAAGGACCUAAACGACAUCUUAACGCAUUACCCAGAGUCCCAGAAAGUGCUCCGCAGAAAGGCCAAGAAAAUGCUGAAGAACACCAGCAAACCGAAAGAUGACAAUAAGACCCAAAAAGGCUUCCAACACAUUAUCCCACCCAGACCAGAGACGCCCAAACUGCUGAAGGCUGCUAUUGCUGCUACAGAAAAAAUGGGUUUCAGGGGAUUUUCCAGACUGAGACGCCAGCUUAAAGUGAAGAAAACUGUGGCGCCAACGAGCACCAGCCCAGUGCCUCCUGGAUCCCCCGUUCACCACCGCUCUCCAGUACCACCCGCAAAACCAGAAGAUGACCCAACGGAUAUUGUGUCUGAGUCUGCUGAUAACACAGUGUUUAUUCGUGUCAGUCCGGCCCCCGGUGGUGAUGAACAGAUCCUUUCUGUGGAAAUAACUGCACCUGAGGAUGAGAAGAAAUAAUGGAAAGCAAUGAGUUAAUGGGGCGCACUGCGUGGCUAUGAGUGAACCCCCUAGUAGACAUUGGGGGAAAUCCCAUCCUGAGCCUAUUUAAAGGAUCUAGAACAGAAUAAACUGGGUUAUCGCGGUCAGUGAACCCCUCAUAGCAUACACCCCGACACAUGGGGAUCUAGAACAGAAUAAACUGGAGUGUCGCAGUCAGUGAACCCCUCAUAGCAUACACCCCGAAAUACAGAGGAUCUAGAACAGAAUAAACUGGGUUAUCGCGGUCAGUGAACCCCUCAUAGCAUACACCCCGACACACAGAGGGUCUAGAACAGAAUAAACUGGGGUGUCGCAGUAGUGAACCCCUCAUAGCAUACACCCUGACACACAGAGGAUCUAGAACAGAGUAAACUGGGGUGUAGCGGUCAGUGAACCCCUCAUAGCAUACACCCCGAAAUACAGAGGAUCUAGAACAGAAUAAACUGGGGUGUCGCAGUCAGUGAACCCCUCAUAGCAUACACCCCGACACACAGAGGGUCUAGAACAGAAUAAACUGGGUUAUCGCGGUCAGUGAACUCCUCAUAGCACACACCCCAGAAUACAGAGGGUCUAGAACAGAAUAAACUAGGGUGUCGCGGUCAGUGAACCCCUCAUAGCAUACACCCCGAAAUACAGAGGAUCUAGAACAGAAUAAACUGGGGUGUCGUGGUCAGUGAACCCCUCAUAGCAUACACCCUGACACAUGGAGGAUCUAGAACAGAAUAAACUGGGGUAUCGCGGUCAGUGAACCCCUCAUAGCAUACACCCCGACACACAGAGGGUCUAGAACAGAAUAAACUGGGGUGUCACGGUCAGUGAACCCCUCAUAGCAUACACCCCGACACAUGGAGGAUCUAGAACAGAAUAAAAUGGGGUGUCGCAGUCAGUGAACCCCUCAUAGCAUACACCCCGACACACAUAGGGUCUAGAACAGAAUAAACGGAGGUGUCGCAGUCAGUGAACCCCUCAUAGCAUACACCCCGACACAUGGAGGAUCUAGAACAGAAUAAAAUGGGGUGUCGCGGUCAGUGAACCCCUCAUAGCAUACACCCCGACACACAGAGGGUCUAGAACAGAAUAAUAGAACUCAUUGGCUGCAGAGUGAUUGCUGAUACACAUGUUACCAGCAGGGUGGGAGCAGAACAUACAUGGCAGCCUGUCCUAGGUUAUGGCUGGGAGCCGUUCCACGAGACGUUUUGGUGUAACGCCACAGUCACACUAGUUGUCUCUUUAACUACACGAUCCUAGUGCUUUACCUUGGCGUUGGCCGUUCCUUUUUUACCAUGUCUGACUUUCAGCCAUUGUUUUUAUUUAGUAAAUGCAAGUCGCUAUUUUUUAAAUAAAUGUCUUCAUACAAUUCAA